AUAAUAGGAAGUAGAGGAGACAUGCAGAUGCAGAUAGAUAAAAAAACUGUGGUGAUGAUUGAAGAAAUCAAUAAAAGUGUGCAGGCCAACAAGGAGAAGGCCAUCCAGAAGUUGUUGCUGCUCGUUUGUGAUAUCAAACCUGAGCUACACGUCAACUACAGGGGAUAG